UAUUUGAAAUUUGAAAAAGCAGAGAAAUGUUGCUUUCUAAAUUUAUGACCACAGCUUGUACAGAGUAAAUAACAAUAAGUGAGCCCAGGAAGACUAAUUACAGCAGUUAUUCUAAUAUGAGCUCCAGCAGGCUGAAUUUCCAGCGAAUUGAAAUAAAUUGAGAGGAAACCUGUUCCUCAUUUUGCCGGAGACCCCCUGGACCCGCCCUUCAGGGCGCCUGGAGGUCCCAGCACCCCAAUUUAGGGGAUUCUCUCCUCGCUCCCUCCCCCUGCACAACCCCUCAGAGCUCUCGGCCCCGCUUCUGUCCCGGGCGCGGCGAUGCAGGGGUUAAAGUGGUGACGUGGUGCUCCUGAAGCGGUGACCCGCGGGGGCAGCCAGUGGGGGCUGCAGGGGGAGAAGAAGAGAAAGCCGGGGCUGAGGUCCUGUUUGGGAAGGAGACUCCAACAACCACCGCAAUUAUCACUCCGAGUAUUUCCAAGCCGCAGACUUCGCUUCUUCCGCAUUCAUCUCCAACCUGCGGCUGAUUUGCUUAAGCAUAGGUGUCCGCUUUAUCAGUGAACCGCCUUCCCCGAAUGGAAACUCUGUUUGUGUUCUUUUUACUGCAGGAUUGAUUGCAAUCAUGUCUUUGUGUCUUUAGUGCAGGGCGACACAGCGAAGCAGACCCAGCUCCCUCUCUGUGGACCGAGAACGGGAGAUAAAUUCACUUUUACGCACAAACUUGUCUGGACCGUUUGGACUUGAUCAAAGGCUGCGGGGCAACCUCGCAGAAACGCCGUGGACUCUUUAACGCCUGUGCUAAAUGUUUAUAGAGCUUUUACAAUUGAAGCCGUGUGCGCAUGGCAGUAUUUGCCUGGGCCGGCCGCUCAUCCUCACAACAAAAUGCCUCUGAAACUCGGGAGAGCAGCUAUAUAUAGCAGGCAUUGAUGUAGCCAGUGGUGAAUUUUAAAAAAAAAGGUGGGUAAAGUGUGACCUCCAAGCGGUAAUUAGGCCUAUCAUUUGACAAACAACCGCCACUAUAAACAAAUAUCAAUUAGAUUUCCAGAGCAAAGCUGGUUGCUCCUUUUCGGGCUCGAACUAUUCCGUAAAUAAAACCUGAGCAGUUUGGCUGGUUGGCCUGCCUCUCCACUCCAUCACGGGUGUAUGUUUAACACACGGUGCAUAGACAGAGCGAUGAUGGCCCAAAAGCUCGUAGCUCACUUUGAUAAAACUUCUGGAGGAAGCGAGGGGCCAGUUUGGUGCAAAUCUCAUGUAGAAGGAGUUAUAGGCCUUCCUCUCCUCUUCCUCCUCUUCUUCCUCAUCCUCCUUCACCUUCAUGCAUAGAUCCGGUCCAGCACAAUCACAAAUGCAAACAAAACAAUACUGGUCAGAAAAGGGGGUGUGCGUGCGUGCGUGCGUGCGUGCGUGUGUGUCUUAAGUGUAGGUUACUUGUAAGAUAUAUCUUUGUUGGUGGGGAUGGAAGUGGGUGUAUUUCUUAUGAGUAUAACUCACAAGCAUGUUUGAUGAUGUUCCUUUGCCCCCUCCCCCCUUAAAAACAAAAAAACAAAAAAACAAAACUGAAAAUGCAAGAAAGCUCACUUCUGCUCUCCGAGACAAGACGAGGGAGUGCAUGGGAAGGAUAGGAGGGAGAGAGAGAGAGAGAGAGAGAGAGAGAGAGAUAGAGAGAAAUAGAGAGUUUCUCCAUCGAUUUUCUGUUUAAUGUCAGCUCCAUUGUGGGAGAGAGAGGACGCGUCAUCCAGACAUAAAUUUGCUAUUAUAAAGCCUCACGGAGACUCACAUCAACUGGAUCCGGCGCUUGUAGUCGGGAAAACCCCUCGGUGGAUAAAUUCAGCUGAGAGCGACAGUAAUGUGUAAGAAGCGCAGCGCUAUUUAAGUCCAUACAUUUGAAUGCGCGUUGGUUUGGAUACAGCGUGUAGAAGCAGGAUUUUUUUUUUUCUUCCUCGAGUUGUCAAGUUUAGCGAAAGGAGAGACUUUUUGUCUGUUUCUUUUUCCAUUUAUAUCCUUAAAAACAAAUCUGUGCUUUAUGAAGACGGUCCUUUUAUAGGACAUGACGGGGACUCAGUUUCUACCCUGCAAAGCCAAAACUCCGCUCAAUGCGAGGGGAGCCCGAAGUUCAUAAAAGGGAUUAUUUGCAUCUGGGUGCCUGAGACCUUCGGUGCCUCCGGAUUUUACUUUGGAUUUGGGAUUUAUCGGUUCUCGCCGGGAUGGAAAGCCGAGAUUUCGCUCCUCCGCACCACCUCCUGACGGAGCGGAGCGCGUUGGUUCACAGUGCCGCGUCUCGGAUGGCGCCAGGCGGCCACGGCUCCGUGCAGCACCCCGCUCACUUCCAGCCCGGGAAAUACUAUUCAUCCCACCUCUCCAUGGCUCCGCACUCAGGUGCUUCCUUCAUGGGAUCCUUCCUGGCCAGCAGUCUGGGGUCCCCGCCUUCCCACCCUCCUCACCCCUCUGGACCUGCUGCCUCCCCCUCCUCCCCCUCCUAUAGGGCUGGACCCCAUUCGAGCGCUUCCCCUAUUUGGUUCCCCCAUUCGCAUGAAGGGUACCCCAGCUAUUCAGGAAGUCUUGCCUCUCCUUUUCUCCCCAUGAGUCCCCUGGAUCACCAUAGCAACGGUCUCUACGGACAGCACCGCUUCUAUGAAACUCAAAAAGAUCACUUCUACCUGAGAGGCCUUCCUCCUCAGCCCCCUCUGCUCUCCACCAAUCACAGCCUUCCCCCGUUGUCCAGGACCGCCCCAGGCCACCCACUUGGCUCUUGCAGCCGGGAGACGGACAAUGGGGGAGGAGGCGGGAAGAGCACCAAGGAUGCGGCUGAGAAAGGCGUUUCAUCUUUGUCGAAGGACAAGGAGCGAUCGAGCAGCAAGGAGCGGCACCAGGAGAGCAAAGACAAACAGCAUCAGCUCCACCAUCACCAUCCUCAUCAGCUGAAUCCUGCCACCACUCCAUCCAGUUACCACCACCAAGCUUACCCCCACCAUCAUCACGCCCUCCUUCCUCACCUCACACCCCAGGGCAGGGAGGAGGACCAUCGACAUUCUCUGGAGCGACACAAGGAGUACAGAGACAGUGACUCGGGCAGUCAGGGGACAAAACAUAUGACCGCCUGUAAACUGUCCAGUGGUUCGGGGCCAGACACUGGCUCUGGAGGAAAAGGGGGAGCACUGAGCAGCUGCAGCGGUGGUGGGGUGGCCAGACCUCCAUCUGGAGGUGGCAGGCGGUGCUCCAAGGAUGGACCCAUAAACGGGGAGAUGAGGAUCAGUGAAUCCUCAACUUCCUCCUCUGAAUGUAUGAGACGAGGGACGGCUGCGGCGACGGCCAUGCUGGCACCUCCGACCCCCCACUCUGUGGCCUCCUACUCGAUGCCGCCUCCCCCUCCCCCUCCGCCACCUCCGCCUCAUGCCUUGCACAUGGGCUCCACAGUCACAGGAGGGUGGAUACACCAUGCACAUCACCAUCCUCAUCCAGAGUUUUACUGUUCCCCAGCCCCUCUUACACUGACGCCUUCCAAAGAUCCCGCAUCCGCCCCUGGAGGGUCUGGCAGGGAGGCGAAAGUCAUUGGCCCAACGUAUGUGCCCUCAGUCGGGCCACUGGGAGACCUGGCAGCCCCUGACUGUCGUGGAGCAGGAGGAGGUGGGAGAAAGGGAGAUGAUAAGAGUGGAGAAGGAUCGUAUGAAAGUCCCUCUCAUCAUCUCGGCCGACUUAGCAGUUGUCAGAAGAAGGACAAAUCGCAACCACACCAGCAGCAGCUGGGAUAUGGCAAAGCUGACAAACCUCCUGACUGGAGCCACCAGACGCAGAACUUCCACAAACCCAGCUCCAACAUGAGCUCUCAGCCUGAGCUGCGGUCCUGCAGCCUGGAAAGAUCUUCAUCCUUCAGAGAUGUUGAGGUUGUGGACGAUGUUUACCGGCCCUCACUCCCACUAGAUGCCCAGGGGACACACGGCACAUCCAAGAAUGGCGGCGAUACCAGCACUCCUCCCCUCAGGGACUGUUCCCACUCGGGUCCUCAUCCUGAUGGGAGGGUGGGAUCAGGGGCUCAGAGGGAGGGGCAAAAGGUUGCACGGAUAAGGCACCAGCAGCACAGCAGCCAUGGAGCUAGUACAGAAGAGAGGGGAAGAGAUGGAGGUCAGGCAGCACCUUCCUGGGGGGUUCGAGGGGGCCACCAAGAGGACCAGCGAAAAAGUUCCCAUCAUACAUCGGUUGGUAAUGAUGAAGUAAGAGGGCUCAGCAACAGAGCUCCAAAUAGUGACCACAACCAGCCCCAUUCUCAACAGCCUCCACCUCUAUCCCGCUCCUCAUCGCACACCACUGAGGGUGAGGGCAGUGCCAUGAAGAACCUCAUGAACUACAGCUCCCAGCAGCCACUGAUGCUGCCACAGCGGAGCCCCUUUGGGGGUCUGGGCUGUCUCAAGCAGGGUGGAGAGAGAUCAGAGAAGGGGGACAGAGGAGGAGCUAAGAGCAACACCUCCCUGCAAGACCCUCAGAAACAGUCGCUCCCUCCUCGCCGAGGAUCCACUAACGAGGGAGAGAGGGGCGACAGAGGCGGGAAGGAGGCGGGGGACACAGGAGAGGGGGAGGUGCGACAGCCUCCGGUCGGUAUUGCCGUUGCGGUAGCCCGGCCACCCCACCGUUCCCCAGACAACACCCCUGGACACAGCAGACAGGGCAGGGUGCUGCCCAGCAUGAAAGGGGUUUCACGCCCCGUGUAUCCUCUUGGCCGGGAGGCAGAGGAGAGGAAGAGGAUGACCGAGGAGCAGAUCAGCCUCCAUCACCUGGACAGAGACAGAGAAAUAAUCAUCAGGGAAAACAAGGAUCGGGUGGAGUUCGCCAGGAUCCACCCUUCCAGUAGUUGCCACGGUGACCUGACCUCUCACCUCUUGGUCCCCGGAGGCGCAAACCAGCUAGGGGCGGACCCUGCUGCACACGCUCACCCAGCUCACCACCACUGGAUGCAGAGGACAGGAAGUCCCUCCCUCUGGAUGGGGCACUCGUACAGUCUGAGCCACGUGGGAAUGAGCCCCGGCUUCCCACCAGGUCUGCCCGGCCCUCUGCAGCCCGUCUUGGGGUCGCUCACCCAAGACCCUAACUCCCCGCUGGUGGUUCUUCCCACAGAGCCCGGGCCUCACCAUCAUCUCGACGUUCUGGAGCAGUCAGGUCUAUGGCCUCCCAUGUACGGAGGUCGGGGCCCCCCUCCUCACCUGCAGCAUCAUCCCGUCUACUCCCGCUCCUCAUUCCUACGGCAACAGGAGCUGUACGCCUUGCAGCAGCAGCAGCAGCAUCAGCACCAACAGCAGCAGCAGCGAGCCAUGGAGCACAUGCAGCGCCACUCCAUAGGACAGAGAAAACAUGAGGAGCAUGCUAUCACCAUAGAAGACUCUCCUCAUGAAUCUUCAGCAUCCCGAACUCCCCCCUCCUCUUCCUCCUCCACCUCUUCUCACGCAGCCAAACCCUUCUCUCACACUCCUCCUCCACCGAAGACGCCCACACCGUCUCCGGGGAUGUGUCCCACCAGCCGUCAGUCACCCUGCUACCACUCACCGUCCAGGCGCCCGCACCCGCCGAACCCUCUGACCCCUGCGCCGAGUCCGGCCGCGGCUGCGCCCCGCUCCCCGGCGCUCAGCCCAGCUCCUUCACACCUCUCCAAAGGGCUGGAGAGGGGCAGCGACAGAGGAGAGGGACAGCCACCUCAGGACUACCCACAGUCCCUAGAGCCAGACUUGCCACCUGUAUACACCUACCCUCCAAUCACCAUGGGUUACAAGGCCGGGCCCUCGCCUGCUGAAGCCCGAUUGGCUGAACAAGCCAUGGUGGAGGCAGCGCCAGCAGAGCCGGACUCAAAAUCCCUCCCUCAUCCAUGCCACAUCCAACCUCUCACCGAAGAAGAACAUGAGAGAAGGGUAGAAGACGACGGGGGAGACUGUGAAGUGGUGGAGUCUCAGAGUGGAGUUGAGGAGGAAGAGAAGGAAGAAAGGAGGGCGGAAGCAAAAGGAUGCUCUGUCUCCGAGCCUGAGAGCAAGAUUUCUGGAUUGCCGCCAUGCCCUUCCCCAGCUCCAGUCCCAGAUCCAGCCUGCCCGGCCACAGCCACAGGCAACACCCUAAAAGUAGAGCUCUCUCUGGGUUAUCCAGGCCAGAAGGCCAGCCUGGAGGAGCCCCAGCUAUCCAAAGAGCAGGAGGAUGAGAGGGAACAUGGAAAAGAGGACAUGGAGGAGGAUGAGGGAGAGAAAAUGGAGCCUGACCCAACAGAAUGUACUGUGUCUGUGCCUGUAGAGCCUGAAGAGGAGGAGAAGGAGGAGGGAGAGGAGGAUGGGGACAAAGAAGGAGAGAAUGUAGAGGUGGUUGAAGAUGAGGAAGAAGAGGAGGGGAGUGGGAUAAGUCCAGGCAAAGACUUGGUGGAAGUAACGCGUAGCUCUCCUUCUCCGUCCCCGACCUCUGACCCCGUCCUCCCUCCUUCGACAAGCACAGCAGCCCAGCUCCAAGGGGCCUACAUGUGGAGCCUGGAGCUCCUGAUUGCCGCGGCUCUGUGUGCCACCAGAGAUGCCUUGUACCCACCUGCACCUGCUGUCCAGGCCCCAAGUCCUCCACCCCACCACGGUAUGGAGAUACUGGGAGAGCUGGCUGAGCUGGAGAUCCAGCAGAGGAGCAGGGAGAGCAAAGAGAAAGUCACUGAAGGUGAGGACAUGCUGACCUUUGACCUCCACAGUCUGGCGACGCUGGCGGCCGCCCGUGCCCUGGAGAUGGGGGGAGGGGCUGUGGACGUGGGGGUGGACCAGCAGUGUCCAAUCAGGAAAAGGCUCAACCUGCGCAGGAAGUGCAGCUGGACGCCUCGCCACGAGCCAGUGUGCCCAGUGAAGGGCUCCAUGGAGACGAUGGGAGGGGAGGAGCUGGCCAUGCGUGUCCAGCUGGCUGAGCUACAGCGCCGCUACAAAGAGAAACAGAGAGAACUGGCCAAGCUACAGAGGAAACACGACCACCAGAAAGAGGAGACGUCUCGUAGCCCUGCCCGCCGGGGGCCCGGUCGCCCCCGCAAGCGCAAGUCCACCCCCGGCCCAGCUGCUGCAGAGAGUUCCAAAAGACUCAGGGCUGGGCUGAAUUUGCUGGAGGAAAAAGCCAGGAAGAAAAUGUCCAAUCAUGCAUUCAACAGCCUGAGUGCUGCACAGAUGAAAGCUUGCUGUAAGCACAGAGGUCGGCCCAGCACCCUGAGCUCCAGGCUGGCCAGGCGGGUCACCCAGCUGAAGCAGAAGGCUGCGGCCCAGCGUGGUGCACCGUCAGCAGGCACGCUGCACUGCAGAGGGGACCCUGGAGCAUCGGAGACGCCCAAGAGUCACUGCAGACAAGGAGGGAAAGACCCUCGGCAGGAUUGGGAAGCCGGUCAGACCAUGAAGAGGAAGAGAGGUCGGAAGCCCAAAGUGUUGAUGGGUGUGGACCUGAACAGAGCUCAUCACAAGGACGGCUGGGCCUCUGAGAAACUGGAAGUUAGGGAAGAGAAGAGUGACAGCGAGAGCUCAGAGCACGAGGAGGAGGAGGACGGCAGCUACGACAGCGAAGAUGGAGCCGGUGACACCAAGAUUGGCUCAUCCUCUAAAGAAACUCCUGCAAACCCUGCCGGGAUUGCACCUUUUUCUUCACAGUCCUCCAAGCUCCAAACAAACCAGAAAGCCAGGAGUAAGAGACCAGGGCCAACUGGCAUGGGGGGCGUGCCCAGUAUAGAUCACAGGAGAGCACCGAGAAGGCCGAGCCUCGCCAGCUCAGAGAGGAGACGUCCAGACCACCAGGGGACUAAAAGAGCAUCUCUGCCCAGCUGUGGCGUGUCAUCUGUGGGCUGCAGAUUUGGGAACGGCCGGGGGAACCACGGAGCUCUGACAGAAGCAAACAGGAGCAGCAAGGAAGCCGUGAAGAAGACCUCAGCAGGACAGGGCAUUCUGGGCAAGGCCAAGGGCCACGCGGUGAGCCGACUCCUGCAGAGCUUUGCGGCUGAUGACGGCUUUCGCUUGGAUGAGGAAAGCAGCUUCUCUGAGGGAGAGGAGGAGGAAGAGGAGGAGGAAGAAGAGGAGGAAGAAGAGGAGGAGGAGGAGGAGGAGGCAAAGGAGAAGAAGUCGAUCCACCUUCCUCCCAACAUGCCUUGCCGAAUACCCGCCCUGCCAAACUGUGUGCUGAGCAAAGAGAUGCUGGUGGACGGGCUGAAGAUCCUGAUCUCUAAGGAGGACGAGCUGCUGUACGCCGCCUGCGUCCAAACUCUGGACCUGCCCGACAUAUUCAGUGUUGUCAUCGAGGGGGAACGAGGGAAUCGCCCCAGGAUCUACUCGUUGGAGCAACUGCUACAGGAAGCUGUGUUAGACGUGCGGCCCCAGACUGAGGCCAUCCUGACCGCAGGGACGCGAGUUUGUGCCUACUGGAGCGAGCGCUCUCGCUGUCUUUACCCCGGAUAUGUCCACCGAGGAGGUCCGGGUGAGGCGGAGAAGGAGGGCAGUGUGAUGGUGGAGUUUGAUGACGGAGACAGAGGAAGGAUCUCCCUCGCAAACAUCAGACUCCUGCCCCCCGGAUACCAGAUCCGCUGUGCGGAACCCUCUCCCGCCCUUCUGAUCUCACCCGGUCGCCGCGGUCGACGAGGGUCCACGCAGGAGAAGAAAGAUACACCUACAGAAAAACCAGCCAAUGAGGAGCAAGCAGGGAGGCCCCAGGAGAAACGACCAGUUGGCAGACCGAAGAAAAUCCACUCAGUGCCUAAGACCGCCAGCGCGCCGACAUCAGUAACAGACACUGUAACCAAAAGCACCACUUCCUUGUUGAACUGGUCUGUGCCUAGGAAGAGGCCGCCGGUUGACUUCUUCCUCUUCAACGGGACGUCCCGUAAGACCCAGAGGAGAAUACGAGAGCGGGAUUUGGGUUUUUUUCAUCGGCCCGCCUCCCACCCUCUUGCAACUCCGACCCCCAUCAAAGGCAUCUUUGGCUCUCCUUUUGUAGUCGACUCAUUCAGUAGCAUCGCCAACGGCUACUCCACCUUCGGAAGCGGUGGAAGCUCCGGAGCCGGGCGACCCGUCACCUCAGUUGCUUCCAUGGGUCUCCGGGACUCCUCGUCCUCCUCUUCCUCCUCAGCUGUCACCAUGGCAAUGGCAGCUGGGAACAGGAAGCCAGUGAGCGAACGGGACAGGAAACAGUUCCUGGUGAAGCUUGACCAUGAAGGAGUGACAUCUCCUAAAACAAAGAACAGCAAGGCCUUGCUUCGACUCGGAGGGAGCGGAGGGAGAGUGGGAAAGAGCCUCGCCUCUGCAGGAGCACCACUACGAUACAUCCACCCGUCCCUCCUGGUGAAGGAUGGCAAGAAGGGAGGAGGGGAAAGAGACGGUGCUGGGGCCCGGUCUGAGGCUCUUCUAAAGGGCGCUCCACCUCUAAGAAAGGAUCUUCUGUCAGCUGGUCUCGGAGUCCAAGGUGGGGAUUACAGUUUGGACUACCCGAGCGACUGCCCCAGCUCCUACUCUGAGCUGGAUGAGGAUGAUGAGGAUGAAGGUCAAGAUGCUGACGCACGUAGUGCGGGAGUCCCGCCUCACCGCGGUGGUCGUUUUCCCUCUCGUCUCUCCGUCUGCUUCACGUCAUCUUCUUCUUCCUCUUCCUCUUCCGGUUCCAUCUCGUCCUCGUCCCUCUGCUCCUCCGACAACGAUUCCUCCUACUCCUCUGAUGAAGAGUCGUCCUCUGUGCUGCUGCGCCGUGCACUGCUCCAGCAGGACAAACACAAGCACAGGCAGAACAUGACCUCCGACCUCCUAAACCCUGACCCUACCACCUCCAACUCCUCUCCCUCUGCCUCUGCCUCAGCCCCUGCUCACGGCUACGUGGCUAAAGCCAGCAUGGCCGUCUCGGGGUCAAAGGUGAGGGCUGACAGAGCAGAAGACAGGAAGGAGUUCAUGUCCAAAGGAAGUAUGGUGGCUAACAGUAGCACAGCUAAGACCCAGCUAAAGAGGAAGGACGGGGUUCCUAACAGCCACCAUCAGAGCCAAAACAGUCCUGUGAGCCAGCAGCCGAAACCUUCCUCCAAGGACCCGGCAACAGCUAAGAGGCAGAGGAUGUCUUCACCUGAGCCUCUGCCCAACAUGGCUCCCCUGCUGCCUGGACGCCAGCUGUGGAAAUGGUCCGGCAACCCCACACAGAGGAGAGGUCUGAAGGGCAAAGCCCGCAAGCUUUUUUACAAGGCCAUUGUGCGGGGCAAGGAGACGGUGCGUGUCGGGGACUGUGCUGUGUUCCUGUCACCUGGCCGGCCACAGCUGCCCUACGUGGGCAGAGUGGAGAGCCUCUGGGAGUCGUGGAGCUCCAGCAUGGUGGUCAGGGUCAAGUGGUUCUACCACCCGGAGGAGACUCGCCUGGGGAAGCGACACCGCGAUGGCAAGAACGCCUUGUACCAGUCGAGCCACGAGGAUGAGAAUGACGUGCAGACCAUCUCCCAUCGCUGCCAGGUGGUCAGCAGGGCAGAGUACGAUCACCUGAUGCGCGAGCGCAAGCUGGGCAACGCGGCAAACGACCUGUUCUACCUGGCCGGAACCUACGAACCAACCACAGGCCAGCUGAUCAGCGCAGACGGCUUGGCCAUCGUGUCCUAGCACCGGCAGCUAGAGAGAAAUCUAAAUACUGACCUGAGCUCUGGAGUUGACGGCCUUCAGGAUGGUCCUCCAGAGCGGAGCAGGGGGCAGACGGAGACCGAGACAAGAGUUUAGGCUCUGCGUACUGAUCUGUCCCCUGUAAGAGGAGGAGCUAGCCCACUGGAUAAAGCCCAGCAGUACUGGCACUUAAGAGGAGUCUGGUUCGUUCUGGGGAGAAGUCUGAUCCGUGUCAGAUUCAACCUGUUUCCCAGAUGUGGACUGUGGCUCCUUGUUGCAGCGAGAGUCUGCAGCUCGUCUCCGUGGCUGCAAGAGAAGAGCGUCUCACCACCGCGACAAACGAACAGGACCCGUGGACAUGAGCACUUUGGAGUACAGUGGCUUGGAUAUGCGAUGGAGAGGCGGCUGGCAGACUUGGCUUUCUGAGACAAAGACAGAGAGCAGAGAGUACGGAGGGGAGAGACUUACUGUAAACCACACUGGUUUGGAUGGUUUUAAUGGUCUAAUACUGGUAGUUUGACGUUGACGACAGAUCCCCAACAGGACCAAAAAACACUGUAGUUCGGACUUGUGUGUAAAUGUGUGUGUGUGUGUGUGUGUGUGUGUGUGUGUGUGUUUGCAGAGUGGCUGCGAUGACCCUGUUCAGCAUUUAAUGAGCUCUAAGUAAAUAGUGCUUUAGCGUGCGUGUGUUUGUAUUGUAUGAGUGUGUGUGCGUGUGUGUGGUCAUGCACGUGUACGCCUGUGCUCAUCAAGCAAAGAUGACGUCAUGACACACCGUCGGUAUGUCUCUAACACUCUGAAUAUUAAUCUAUUCAGUACUUAACGUGCGCUUUUUCAGUCCUCGCGACGGAAACACACGACAAAUUUUUUUUUUUUCCUCCUGUCAAGCCAUACACGUCAAUACCUCUCUCGUAUCCUCCUAUUCAGGUGCGAAGACACAUGUACAGGUAGUUGGAUUGUUUAUUUGAACUGUGCGUGCAUGUUGGUGUGCGUGCAUAAGUGUGCAUGGGCAAGCGUGUGUGCUUUGUACAGCAUUAUGUAUAAAAUUACAUGUUGUAAAUAGUAUACAUAUAUAUUUGUUCUUUUUUUUGUUGUUUUCUUUUGCAGAGAAGAAUAUUUUAUUUAGAUUUUUUUAGGGUGUGUGUGGGUGGGUUGUGGGGGGGCGGGGCGGGGGGGGUCUGGCAGAGGGAGGAGGUUGGGUUAAGUUUCCUCCUCUCUCGAUGCACUGAACAGGAUUGGAGGCUUGGACUUGUACAACUGUUGUGAAGACUUUGUGGUUGUAAGCCCUGCUUUAGGGAUGAAUACGUAGAAAGGGUGUUUGGGAAAUGUUGUUUUUAUAAGGAAAUCAGAAAAAGGCUCUUUUUAAAUGUGUCAAAAAUGUCUUUUUUUUUUUUUUAUUUUGCUCUGUUGAGUUAAGAAUGUGCAUUUCCUGUUGGGAGCUUUUUUUUUUCACAAAUACUGGAAAAGAAACUGAGUUUCUGCUGUUCUCUGAUCCUUAAAGAAUCUAGUUCUUCUUUAUCUAUUUUAGCCUGUAUUCCUAUAUAAAAUGUAGAUAUUUAUCUGGCAUCAAAACGAAACAUACCAAAGCACCUGUGAGUUUACGCUUCAGCGCAUCAGAAGAAAACAAUUUUAUGAAAAAGACAAAAAAAAAAAGACGUUCAAUCAAAUCUGAAUCCGGGACCCCUGCAAUCACCGAGGUAUUUGAAGUAGAGUUCCUCUCGUUGUCUGCUCGCGCUCACCCAGCGUUGCUAUGACAGCCUCCGAGAAACGUUGCAGCAACAUUGUCUGCGCGCUGCCCAGCUGAUGCACUUGAGGUCUCUAUGGCAACCAGAAUGGCAUCACGUGACUGUGAAGGACAAUCAGAGCCAAUCAAUGGGACAAUGGUGAGAGACAAAAAAAAAAAGAAAAAAGAAAAAACAAGAUAAGGAUCAAAUCACAAAUUAUGCUUCUUGUCACUUUUAUUCCUGCUUUGCCAAAAAUGUCUGUGUGUGUGUGUGUGUGUGUGUGUGUGUGUGUGUGUGUGUGUUUUACACGUUUGCUUGUUUUCCUUGUUUACCAUUGUCUAACUGUUUAUGCAAGCCUGUGAUGACUGUUUGUUGUCAGUGUAUAGGAUGUACAGGGGGGAAGAACAUGAAUGCCUUUUUCUUUUCUAGGACAUUGACUGACUUUUAACAACGAUGUUGCUGUUACACUGCAAAGCAAAAGCUUUAAAAGGAAUCUAAUGUGAAACUCAAUUUUUUUGAAAUAUUACUUUAUGGGUCUUUAAUUGAAUUAUUUUUUAAAAGCUGUAUUUUCUUUAAGAAACACUGGAUUCAGUUCUAACCAUCACCUUUUGACAGAAACGACAUUGUUUUUUUUUGUUUUGUUUUUUAGACCCACUGGAACCUGCUUUGUACGGUCGAGAUAGCCUACUAAAAUAUAUUAUGUAAUUUCAGUCAUUCUUUGGAAAUAUGACUUAAAUAUUUCCUCAUGUACAAAAAGAAAAAAUUAUUUAUCUUAAUUUUAUUGCCUUUUUGUGUUUCAUUAAAAAAAAAAAAAGAUUCUUACAAAAUAAAACAUGACGAUCAUGA